AGUAUAACCAGUUACUCCUCUUGAUCAAGGUUUACAAAUUUUUUGUACUUGUUGUUUAAGAUAAUUUUAUAAAAUUAUGAGUAAUUUGAGAAAGGCAAAAUUAGCCAUUAAUAUAAUCCGUAAUCUGGGUUCUAAAAUUUUAACCCGAAGGUGCAGAAACCCAGUGCGUGAAGCUAAGCAUCAGUUGAAGCAACAAUGUGUUUCUGUGAAUUCACCAUCAACUACUAAUACCUGGAGAGUUUCUUGGCAUUCAAAGUUUACUUCUUUUCACGCAUUUGGAAAACAAACUCAUCGAGGUGCACAUCAAAAUUUCAUUCCCCUUAGUCCCAGAAAUAGAUUGAUUAGAUUUUUGGUUAUUGGUGGAGUAGUUAUUACUGUAUGGGGAUUAGAAAGAAUCCUUAUUCAAAAAGAUUUCAUUUAAUUCUUGUAUCGAUUGAUUUGGAAAGAGAAAUUGGAGAAGUCAUGUUUAAUGAUCUAAAGAAAACUUAUGAAGGGAAAAUUCUUCCUGAAACACAUCCGGAAAGUGUCAGGGUUAGAUCAAUAGGCAUUGAGAUAAUUGAAGCUUUACAAAGGGGAUUAAGGUAUGAGAAAGUAGGGAGUGGUCUUGGAUACAGCAAUGAAGUUCAGGAUGAUGUUAUGAAGGUGAAGAGAAAUAGAAAGAAAGGUGCUACUUAUCAUUUGGAAGGACUACAUUGGGAGAUUUUGGUUGUUAAUGAACCACGGGUUAAUGCCAUAAGUAUUCCUGGUGGAAAGAUUGUUGUUUUCACUGGUUUGCUUGAUGUUUUUAAAACAGAUGCUGAGAUAGCUACAAUAGUCGCACAUGAGGUUGGGCAUCUUGUGGCAAGACAUAAAGCAGAAUUCGUCUCAAAGUUUACGUGGCUUAUAAUUCUGGAAGUAAUUCUGAACAUUGGUGAUGAGAUGAGUGAACGGAUAACUGAGGCAUAUAAAUAUCUCUUGUUGCCUUCCCGUCGGAGGAAUGAAAUGGAGGCAGACUAUAUUGGGUUACUUUUGCUUGCCUCAGCUGGAUACGAUCCUCAGAUGGCGCCACAAGUGUAUGAGAAGCUUGGGGAGUUUAGUGGAGAGUCACCAUUAGAUGAUGAUGAUAGUCUUGCAUCCAUCCGGAAUAAAGAGAGCAGAAGUACUGUCCCGAGCCAAAGUUAUGGGAGAAGCCCUUGGCAUAUAUAAGGAAUCAAGGUCAGGCUUCCUUUUGGAGAUGUUAAGAAUGUGGGUUAUAUAAAUAUAUAAGGAAUCAAGGUCAGGCAUCCUUUUGGAGAUGUUAAGAAUGUGGGUUAUAUAAAUACAUAGUUUCAAUCUCUAUAACAGAACACCCA